AAGUUCAUUCAGCUCGAAUACCCUUCGAAUUUCUUUCCUCGGUCCGCGUUCUGUCUGGGCGGUGGAUCCGCAGGGGACUCGGGCCGGGAACGGACAUGGACUCAGUGGCCUUUGAGGAUGUUAAUGUGGAGUUCACCACAGAGGAGUGGGCUUUUCUGGAUCUGACCCAGAAGAAAUUCUACACAGAUGUGAUGUUGGAAACCUUCUGGAACCUGGCAUCAGUAGCAUGUAUUUUAGAAGACCAAUAUGACAACCAUGACAGUGAAGAUCAACAUGAAAAUUAUUGGAUGAAUCUUAGCAGUCAUAUGGUAGAGAGACUCUGUACAAGGAAGGAUGGUAGUCAAUGCAGAGAAAACUUCAUCCAGAUUCCAAAUAAUAAUAAAAAGAAAGAAAUUUCUGAAAUAAAACAACCUAAAUCCAGGUUGUGUAGGCAAAUCUUCAUGCGUUAUUUAUCCUUGAAUAACCAUCUGAGCUCUCACAUUGGACCCAACCUAUACCUGUGUCAGGAAUAUGAAGAAAACCUUUAUAAAUAUGAGGAACCUGAGAAAGCUUUCAAGCCUCACCAACAUAUUCAAAGUCAUGAAGGCAGUCCCAGUGGGAAAGCAUCCUUUAGAAAUCAUGAAAGAAUGCAUAUUUCUGGGAAACCAUAUGAGUGGCACUUUUGA